AUGGUGGCCGACGCAAAGUCCCUCCGUAUUGCGUGCAGACAUGACCAAUGGCUUGUCACUCACGUCGACCCCUCCUGGACCAUCGCCUCUCUCAAGCUCUUCCUCCUCCACAAGUUCUCCAGGAGCGCCUCCGACCCCGACCACAACCCUCGCGCUAUCUCCGUCUCCCCACGCAAGGCACGCCGUCGCUCAUUGUCCCCUAUCACCUUCGCUACACCCACUCUUCGCAAAGCUCAACCUCUAUACGCCUCCGCCCCCAGCUCAGGCGAGUCAAGUGACACCGAGCACUCGGGGGACCUGGACCUGGACCUGGACCUAGACGACGAUGACGAUGUGAACAUCACCAAGUCCUUCACGGACGCGCAUCGUUACAAAUACAACGCCCGCCCCUCUACAUCCUCAACCUCCGAUUCUUUAUCCACCGCCCGUCUUCCCCUCCUGGAUGCGCUCACGAGCUCGAGUGCGAGCUACGACGUGAACGCAUACAUUCUUCUCACUUUCUCUACCACCCAGAUCCUCGAAGACCGCUUCUCUCUUUCUUGGUAUGGGAUUCACCCCGGGGAGCUCCUCGAGUUGCACCCUGCCGGUGUUUCGUUUGUUGCUCUCCCGCGAAGUACGCUAGACGCAUACAUCGCGCCCUACUUUGCCACGCGCGUUUGGGCGCUCCGGAUCGUGGGGCACGGGUCCGACGAGAAGGAGGACGAGAGCCUGGAUGUGAGGACGCCGAACCUGAGCCAGAAGCGGGAGAAGAAGAAGGUCGCGGUAGAGUGGAAGGAGCGGUGGGCAAUCAUACACCAAGGCGUGUUUUCGCUGUGCAAGGAACGACAUGACACGCACGCGGCAUUCUCCUCGCCGCUAUCCUCUAUGCUCUCUAUUCGCGACAGCGCACAUUUCAAGAUUCCCCUCCAUACCUCGCGCAUUCCUGGACGUUACAAAUCCUCCAUAUCUCCGGCUAGCUCGAACAUCGUCUGCGUUAAAUUCGGCACAGGCCGGACCCCACGGCAGCGCACGUUCUCGAACGAGUCCUCAGUCACCUUUGAUCAACCUCCGUCCGGCCCGUCGUUCACGUCCACUUCAAUAUCUGCCUCUGCGGGACCAGGAUCGGGGGGUGGCCAAGGAAGCUGGUGGCGGAGAGGGUCAAGAGAUGUCUCCACAACGCUGAGUCUCGGCUUGACGUCGAGCGCAAGCGCGUUAGUUGGGAGCGCAUUUGUGGGGAGCUCGAGUAACGGCAUCUCGGAAGUGUGGGACUCCCUUGCGCGCAGAGGGAGCCGGGCGGGGAUAGAUGAAUCAGAGGGAGAGCCGGGCUCAUCACGGGAGAAGGGGAAAGCUAAGGAGAGGGAUGAGGCGGAGGACGCAGUGUGGAUUGUGUUAGACAUGCUGGGCAGUUCGGCAUGCUCGCAUAUCCUUCGCAUUCUACAUCGGCACGCGCCUCCACAAUGCAAUUCCACUUUCCUUCCUGGACGUGGCGCGUCGAUCUACUCGCCCUCGCCCUCGCCAAUUAUCUUCAAUUCCCGCCCGUCGACGCCAGGGUCUCCAACCACACCAGGACCCACCUCCUUCAAUUUCCCUCCAUCUUCUUCUCAAUUACAUUCUCAACGUCUAUCCCAAGCCCCACUUCUCUCCCCAACCGCGUUGGACACAUCUGCUCCUUACUUCCCUUACAAGUCCUACCACUUCGGCCAAGGGUCUUCCUCAGACUCGCGCCCUGAUACGCCUAUUGUUCCCCUCCCUGGCUACACCCUCCCCGACCUCACGAUCGGCUACUCCGAAGGCGUUCCCUACCCGUUUUGGCGGCUCGAGCUCGUGCGCGACGCUCGCCGCGCGGGCUUGGGUGCAGUCGGACGCGCGAUGGAACUCGUGAUGUUCGGCGAGGAUGACGAGGACGAUGACGACUAUGCUGACGAUGAGGCUGCGGAAGAAGAAGAUGACUUGGCUAUUGCAUGGGCGCGGAGGGGCACGACGAGCAGUCUCGAGAUAUCCUCAGUGGUUGAGCAGCCAUCGCCUGUGGACACGGACGUGCAGCCUGGAGGGAUGACGGGGAGGCACGGAAGCAACCCGUCCGUUCCUUCGGACGCGACUCUACCAGAGGGAAGAGCUUUGCAGUCUGAUGCGGACCCACCGAGUGAUCAUGUGGGACCACAGCUGGAGAUAGAGUCCCCAGCUAGCCCUGCAAGUGCACCUGACCCAGCGCCGACAACACGCCCACACCGUGCGUCCCACCCCCUCGUCGACCUCACCUCCCUGCACGAAGCGGAGCCCCCAGUGUCGGAAUCAGACUCGAGUGAGGCGGAGUGGGACGGAUGGGUCGACGCCGUCGUGGCGCAGUACCGCCGGGAAUCACUCGCGCGCCGCGCGCAGGCAAGGCGCGAGGCCCUCGCAGCCAGUGCAUCCGUCCCCGUCUCGGCAUCGACGUCCGCAGCGCCCUGGGUCGAGGGGUGGACAAGCCAGUAUGGCGGAGGCGAGUCUUCGACGAAUGUGGCCAGUCCCGAUCGUGAGAAUGCGGACUACUCGGAGCUGGGGACUUGGAGCUGGCCCGGUCAGAACCAGAGGGGGAGCGAUGCCGAAGGGUCUGCGGAGGGGUCGUCCCAUUCCCAACAUAGUUCGGACCCGCAAGCGCCUCUCAGUGCGUAUACUGCGCGGCGCACGACGUCUGGGGAGAUGAGAGGGCGUGGGCACGGACGCUCGGGGAGCGCGGGUAGGACGCUCUCGACCUACUCGUCUGUGGACUCGUCGCUCAGGAGGACGGUUACGAUGCGGACGAAUCUAAACAGCAUCAGCCUCAAUCAGCUUAACCGGUCGUCGAUGCAGGCAGCGUUCUCCUCUGCAUCGAGCUCGGAUGUCAACCUUGCGCAAGACUCGGUGGAGGUGAGGCGGUCCGGGUCGGCGUCGCCCCCGCCUCCGCAUGCUCGGCUGUCGAGGCCGUCGAUCGCGAGCUUCAGGAGCGCGUCGAACGUCAAUGUGCGCAAUCACGUCAUGUCGCCCCUGUCGACCCAGAUUCCGGACGAGGAUCCUAGCGCUGGAGUGGACUAUGUCGAGCCGGACGUGGACGAUAUCGAGGAGGUCGGAAACAACGAGGACGUCUACGAAAAUGAGCUCGGUCACGGACAGGUCGCGGGGCCUCACCCGGUUCCGCUACCGGGGAUGCGGAUGGCGCCUUCGGGGUACACGACGUUCCGGCACAACGCGCUGUACGGCGGGCAGGCUAACGAAAAGAAAAAAGGCGGCAAGGAGCGCGCGCAGGUGCACGCUGGCGUCGUACACGGGCAAAGCGUGGGGAGGUUGCCAAUGGGCAUGGGUAGCAUGGUGAACACGGUCAGCAGCACGGUCAGCGUUGGGCCGAGCGCGAGGAGGAGCGGAAGGAGAUUCUAGUGCGGCUGCUGGUGCUUAGAAGUUUGCAAAGAAGGAUCUGGAUAUGACAAUAGGAAGGAUCGGGACCAUGGCCAAGGUUGAGUGUAUAAUAUGGCAAGUAAUCGCUCAACUUUCCGUUUCUUUCGUCUCUUUAUUAUGGUUGCUGCAGCUGCUGUGUUACUAGUUGUGAUAAUGGCUGUUCCAUACCCCGGAGGUUUGCACUGCUCUCGUAUUGCAUGCACUGUACAGUAGUUUCGUAGCAUUGUUACGCAUCUCUCCCGUACUAUGCGAGUCACUCUUCAUUCGUUUUGGAUACGCCUCAUCGACCCCAUCGGAGAAGUACAUUCUGUAUAUAUACACACGAGCAUCGACCC